CACCACUGCCCCCGGCGCAGGGUGCGUGAGGCGGGGCCGGGCCGGGCUGGGCUGGAUGGCUGUGGCGGCGCGUCCCGGCCAGUGAGGCGGAGGGAGCGUCGGGCGACCUGAGGUGGGUGACAGGCCCAGCGGAGUCGAGGGGGCGGCGGGAGCAACGGCCUCGGGGAAUACCAUCUUCUUUUAUCAACAAGACUGGUAUGGGUAAUGGUGUGAAAGAAGCUUCUGUGGGUUUAAAAGAGAAGGAUGUGAAGACCAUUCUACCGGUUACUGGUGGGGAUGAUAAAAAAAAAGUUCUCAACUCUCUAUUAUCCGGAGCAUUGGCAGGAGCUCUUGCUAAAACUGCAGUAGCUCCCCUGGACAGAACCAAAAUCAUUUUUCAAGUGUCUUCAAAAAGAUUUUCUGCCAAGGAAGCCUUUAAGCUCAUCUACUUCACCUACCUCAAUGAAGGUUUCUUCAGCUUGUGGAGAGGCAACUCUGCCACCAUGGUCCGGGUGAUCCCCUAUGCUGCCAUCCAGUUUAGUGCCCACGAGGAGUACAAAUUGAUCCUGGGCCGUUACUAUGGCUUCGAGGGCGAAGCUUUGCCCCCUUGGCCAAGACUUGUUGCCGGUGCACUGGCUGGUAUGACGGCUGCUUCCGUAACCUACCCACUGGAUUUGGUGAGAGCCCGGAUGGCUGUCACACACAAGGAAAUGUACAGUAAUAUCUUUCAUGUCUUCAUUCGGAUGUCUCGUGAAGAAGGUCUAAAAUCUUUGUACAGGGGCUUUAUGCCAACAAUUCUUGGAGUCAUUCCUUAUGCUGGGCUGAGUUUCUUCACCUAUGAAACACUAAAGAAAUUUCACCAUGAACACAGUGGACGAUCACAGCCAUAUCCUGUUGAGCGAAUGAUUUUUGGUGCAUGUGCCGGUCUCAUUGGCCAGUCAGCCUCCUAUCCCCUAGACGUGGUACGGCGACGGAUGCAGACAGCAGGAGUAAAGGGGCAGACUUACGAUAGCAUCUUAUGUACCUUGCAAGACAUUGUCAGGGAAGAGGGAGUCAUCCAAGGUUUAUAUAAGGGAUUGAGCAUGAACUGGCUUAAAGGCCCAAUAGCAGUGGGAAUCAGUUUUACCACUUUUGACCUAAUGCAGAUUCUUCUUCGUAAAUUAGAUGACAGAAGUUGUAAUCGGAGUUAAUGUUCUAAUGCUCACUUACCCAGAAUACUUACUGAAGCACAUGUGUAUAUGUAGAAAAUGCUAGUGCUAUCCCCUACAUUAUUGUGAAAUGUGAUUUGAAAUUUUACUUUAUUUUUUUAAAUAAUUGAGUUUGCAGUUCUGAAAAUAUGCACUUAAGAUUGAUCUUCUCUAACACCGAGUUCUCUUAGAGCAGCAAGUAAUCUGCGCUCUGGGUGGCAUUUGCCCUCUGAAUUCUUCCCUUGAAACUGUCUCAUCCUCAAAUUAGUAAAGAGGACGAUGCUUCUGAACUGGACCCAGAGCGCAUCCAGGGAUUAGGAGAUCCUAAAAUGUUCACUGUCUGAAGGGUGUUUAGGGAAUGCAAUUUAGUAUUUGGUUUUAAAUAUCCUACAAAGUGCAGUAUUUCACUUUUGAAAGUUUGGUUGUCUACUAGAUACCUGAAUUGAGAUUAAUAUUCUUUUGAAAAAAGAAAAAAUUCAAGAGUUCUAUUAUUCAGUUUUUAAAAAUUGGUCCCCAGAAGGGAAAUGGAUUCAUCAAAAUCAAGGAUCCCAAAUUCUUUCUUAUCCAGGGUCUAGGACUUUUUGCAUUUAAUCUGUCCAUGGCUGUGAAAAAAGUCUAUGGGAUUAAAGGGCCUGUGGGACCAUCUUAAAUUUCUUCUCAUGAGCUGUUGGAAGUAGGUAAAUUUUAUCCCAAUGGCAUGUGAUGAAUAUACUUUGAACCCUCCUAAGUCUUGCAAAACUGUUACUAGAAAGUAAGUGUAGAUUCCUAUCACUACCAUAUCCCUCCUCAAAUGCUUUCAUUCUUUGUAUAGCAUUCAUUGUCUGAUGUGUGAGUACCAUGAACUUCCUUAUUUCCCUGGAAAUGUCAAAUGUUUUGAGAUUUUAAACAGGGAAUUUUGUAAACUUGAAAAUCAUAGGUCAUUUCCUUCAUUGAGUAUAAUUGCUGCUAAGUGACUAGCUUAAAGAAGAAUUCAGUCUCUCACCAGACAUAGCAGAUCAAGGAAUAUAAAUCCUUGUUUUCUUAGGAGUUUACUCGUCAAUAAAAAAAGCUUUUUUACAGCUGGUGGGUAGACCAGCCUCUGUGCUUAAAAUAGAGCAGGCUCAUCUUGGAUUUGCUCAUAAAAAAUGGUACCCUCCAAUAGGUCCCUCCCACAGUGACUCAUAGUCAUGUAACUGCCACCUGAUCUCAUUCUCGGGUGCCAUAUUUUCCCAGCUCUCCAUGGGCCAUGGAGCCUGAAGAACAAGGCCUCUCUUGGGGCCACUUUGAGGAAUUGGCAUACAGCCUGGCACUUUGAAGUGUUCAUUAUGGUAUUUCCUGGAGAGGUUUUGCACCUCUGGCUUAGCACCUACCCACCCACCCACACUUUCAAAGGGAUGGGGAACAUAUCAAAUUAUCCUAAGCAACAUCUUGGAGCACAAGAAACACAAGAGAGGGUCCCACAUCCUGGAGGGUCCCAGGGUCCUACAAUGAGGAGGCCCAGCAUACACCAGAAGUAGGAAGGGGCAUGGAAAGAGAUUUUCUUUUCUUAGAGGGUUGCUGCUCAGAUGGAAAGGACUGCAUGUGAUAAAUCACAGGGUGCAGAGAAAGUCCUUUUCCAAUGUUGGUAUUUUUAACUAUGAUUUUUUAAAGGUCAAAAUCUGUAUCAUGACUUCAUUAGUGUAGAAUGAAGAUCAUUGCACAGUCAGUGAAAUUUGAAUGCCCUUGUGUUUGGUUCUGAUUUUGCACUCUGGACGGAGAUUGCUUUAAAGCCAAAUAGCUAACGGGAUGAGCUCCCAUUUUGCAAUCAAGUCCCACUCAGCCAAGGACAAUCAAUUUGGAUAUUUAAGUAUUUAUCUAUCAUCACAAGGUCCUGUAGCUGUACUUUCAGAGUCUGGAUUGUUAAGCUUCCUGUUAUUAGGAAGGUGUCCCUGGUGAAGUGACUCUAGGUAGUGGUAUAGGAAUAGUGAGUGUCUCCUAAAUGGUAUGGAAAGUGCCAUUCCCAGACCCUUGAGGAAAAUAAGCUGUACUUUCCUAAAAGGCAGGGCAGGAGGAAGGGGAUGACAAUCGUCUGUCCCCACUGAGCCCCUCCAGCCCAGCACUAUCUCAUAUGGUUUUAGGCACCUGGGAAGCCAAGGCUUGCUUUGAGUGGCCCUUUUAAAGUCUUGUGCUGUGUUCGUUUCUGAGUGCUGUGUUUUGACACCCCCUUCCAGUAACACUUCCCAAAUCUGUCUUUAGGGAAACUAGCAUCCAUAGGAUUUUGUGUCAUGUUUUAAAAUAGAGUUAGAAAAGACAGGAGCUUAAUUAAAUUUGGCUGUGUCACCAUUUCUUAGCCUGAAAUGAGAUCACAUUUGGGCAAUCUCCAACAAGUCCUUAUGGUGUCCUUCAGAAGUUUAAACUGGAAUUGAAAAAAAAAAAUGGACUUUGUAGGUAGCCCAAUGUACUGAACAAUACAUUUGAAAAUCUUCCUGUAAUAUAAUAGCAGUUAUAGUAGGCCUUAGAAAUUCAUUUUUCGAAUUUUCUUUCCAGCAAAAUAUUUCCCUGAUCCUCAUGUUUAUUCACAUGACAAAGUUAAUCAUUUUAGUUCCAUUUCCUAAAGUAGUUUUGGUUGGGGGUUGAAGGAAACUUUGCAACUUUCUUUGUGUAUGAAAGUAGCUGCAGGGGUGUGUGUGUGUGUGUGUGUGUGUGUGUGUGUAAAUCUGUGUUUGUCUUACGUGCAUUUUAAAUAGAGAUUUUUUUUUUUCCUUGUCUAGUGCUUGGCUUAUGGGUGUGAAGAGCCUUCUCUGUGUUCACAUUUUGCACGUGGCAUGCCUAUCCUGUAAUUUUAGUCCUGCCUGAACAGAGGAGUCAGAAAUGGGUCAUGAUUCUAAGGGGAAAUCGACUUCCCACUCCCCUAGGCUGCAAGCUUUUUGUGGGAAUGCAAGGGCAUCAGAAUCUUCACACCACUCUCUCCCCACUGUUUUCUGAGCUCAGCUCAUUCUCUACUGGCCCAGCAUCUCUUCCUUUCUCCAUGGGUUUGCUGUUGGAGAUUGUGCUGUAUUCUGGCCUCUUGUACAUUCUCUGCCAAGCACAUCAUGUUACAUUAUCCUAUCAUUCCUCCCUCUGACCUCAGUGCUCUCGGGGAUUUUGUUACCCAAGAGGCAUUUUGGCCAAGCUGCAUGUUUCUAAGGGAGAACAGUUUUGAAAUUGUUGUCUGCCCCUGUGCCAUGUAAGCAAAUGCUAUCAGGAAAGGCCUGUCUUUUAAGGAGUUUGCCAUAAUGAUCCUGUGCACAUUCUGAGUCUGAAUGGCAGAAAUCCAAUGCAAGGUCCUUCCUUUGAUGGAAAUGGAGCAUUCAAGAGGAUCAUUUUUUUCUUGCCCAUAGCUCUCCCAUACAUCUUCCAGAUGAAGCAUCUUCUUGAUCAGAGAUCGCAAAUUAGGGAACAGAUUUAAGAAAGGAAAAUCCAGGAACACCAGCACCCCAGUAUCUUUGCCCUGCUAUGGCAGCUGCUUCCCUUUGGGCCUUUUUAGUCUCCGGGGCUAUACAUGAGUUUAAUAGUUGCUGAAGCCCAGCCAGACCACAGAAAUGUGAUGCUGGAUAUUUGAAGCCAGGUUACCUUCCAUUUCCUCAUACUCUGGUUGAGCUAAGCUUUAGUAGAAACUAUCAACAUUGCUGGAAGGGAAGGUACAGCCAGAGCCGUCUGACAGGAAAGUUGAAUGAACCUGGUUGGUUUAGCCUGUUUUAAGCAGCAAUCCACCCCAGAAGUCAACUUCCCUAGAGGAAUUAGAGAAAGACAUGACCUGAUGUGGGGGGGUGGGGAAGGAAGAAGGGAGGGAGUGUGGCAUUUUGUUCUUGGGUGGACAAGUCCAGAGUCCACAGCAGCUGUGAUGUUGUCUCAGAACCAGUAAAUCUAACAAUGGGAGUGUGUGAAUAAGCGAGUGAGCAAGAGGUGCUUUGUGUGUAUGUGUGAAUGGCCUUUGUGAGUGAGAAGUUCUUGGAAAAAGUGCAAUUUUCCGAAUUGGAUCAGACAGAAAGAUUUUGGUCCCGAAACCUUUCAAGAGCUUUAGAAUCAGGUACUCUUGGGCCUUUUGGCCUCCCUAUGCUGCGUUUCUGAAUAACCAACUCCCUAAUGCCUGGUUCUCCCCAAAUGCUGUGUUUUGCAGGGACUUGACACUGUUGUC